GUAGCAUUCUUGCAACAGCCCUUGUCAACUUGUGCUUCUGACAAGAAAUCUUUACUCGCUAUUACUGUGGAAUACGGAGUACCAGACUUGCUUAUGGCUGCAACUUAGACGUAGGCCAAUAUUCGUUGUACAGAUGAAGAAGAUUAUCUAUGAUUAUUUCCACGUGCUGUUGAAAAGUAAACAUGUUUGUUCGGUGUUUGAAUUGAAGAGAAGUAUAAUAAUGUAUUUAUUAACUGAUUAAGCAAACGUUGUACAUUUUGAUUUAGAACUUUUCUGAGUAAAGAGAGCUAUGUUGUGUUUACGAAAUAUGUUUCACUUCGCUAAUAGAUCGUUGAUCAGUGUAUCUUCCCGAAAUUUGGUUUUAGUAACAAAACCAGUUUUUUCUUUGGACAACCUUAGCCGAAGUAAUUUUACGCAUAAAGUUUAUCCACAUGUAUGUACAAUUCGUUUUAUUGAAUCCCAAAGUACAACUAAAAGCGAUGACAGCUUAGUAGCAUUUCAAAUGAAAAAGCGUCCACUUAGAAGGAAGUUGCAGCAGGCGCAAAAAGAAGAAAAGCCUCCUGGCUUCUACACGGUUAAGGCGUUCGCCACUGCAGAAGAAUAUGAUUUGCAGGUCCUGAAACAAGAUUUACUGCGUGAUGACUUGUAUGUGCCGUGUGAUUUAUGCUCUGGUGAAGAGACGCACCAAUUGGAUGAUGCUAACGUCGUUCAUGCGGUGGCCAAGUACUCUCUGAACGGCGAAAACAGGAAGAUAUUCUUUUUCCGCGAAGGUUCCGUGGUCCUUUGGAACAUCACCGAACUGGAGAGUUACAACGUUCUGUCAUUUCUCAGGAAGUUUGAAAAGAAUCCGUACGAUGAAAAUUUGGUCCAAGAUGAAAGUGAGUUGAUGAUGUACGCUUACAAAGACAACAGCAAACUCAGCCACUUGGCCAAUGGGAAGAUACACAUAUCGGAUAGAGAACAGAACGAUUUGGACAAGUACACAGUGUCUAAUGCUAUGGCACAAUCGGUCAAACUCGGCAUUUGGGAAGCAUCAUUAGACAAUUAUGUGGACAGCAUCGAGCAUAUAACAAAUGAUUUGAAGAGGGGUGUGAAGAUCAAGAUCAGUCAGGAGGAAGUCCUCCGCAAGACGGGGGAGCUGCUGGCCCUGAGACACCACAUCAACCUGGACUCUGACCUGCUGGACACCCCUGACUUCUACUGGGACCACGAGCAGCAGGAGAGCCUGUACGAGCAGACCUGCGCGUACUUCAACAUACCCCGGCGCACCAGGGUGAUGAAUGAGAGGCUGAACCAUUGUGUGGAAUUGGUAGAACUCCUGUCAUCUCAUCUGAGUGACCGCCAUCAUGUUAGACUGGAAUGGAUGAUAAUCGUCCUGAUCAUGGUUGAAGUUGUGUUUGAGGCUCUUCAUUUUGUGGAGCAGCAUAUGUCAUAAACUAAAAUGAAUAUUUACGAGAAUCAAUUUUUUACUGAAUCUAUUUUGAAGCAUUUUGAUUUCACCUAGUUGUAAAACUAUUUUUAUUUUGUAUAUCAGACCUUGUACAUAUUUCAUACUAUACAUAGUACAUAAAGCUCAGAAAUUGUUUUGAUAAAACCCAGUGAUAACUUUGUUGGCAAUCUCUUGAUAGCUUUAAAUAGUUAAAAUAAAAGAAAACUGAAAAUCAGUGUGUUUAUUUUAGUUUAGUGCUCUACUCUUGUGUGCUUAGUGCUUACAUUUAGAAUCAUUUAAGUUUUUAAGAGGAAUGGCUCUAGUGUUGUAAAAUGGUAUUUUCGUAAUUUUAUUUUUACUUUAUCGAAAAGCCAUGACAGGAUUUGCCAUAGAAUGGGUGUUACCUGUAGAAAGGGGAUUUAUAGUAUGGUCAGAAAUUUUUCAUAAAAUAGAAUUAUUUCAGAAUAAUAAAUUUAUUUAUUUCCUCUUUUUUUGAAC